GUAUUAGAUGUAGUGUCUCCUUCUAUUGUAUUUGAUCCAUCAGAUACAUCAUGGGUCUCCUCUUUCUCUGGUGCUCGUCAUUGUCUCUGCAGCAUGCAUGCAUCACGUUCUUUUCUUUUUAUACCUACUGUUGCUGCUGGUCUUUAUGUCUUGCUGCUGCGUUAUCUUCAUCGUCAAUUUGAUGCUUUUUGCUCAUUGGCGGAUUCCCUGUCUCUAUCUGAGGAGGGAGGAGGAGACACCAGCAGCAGCAGCAGCAGCAGCAGCAGUAGUAGUAGUAGUAGUAGUAGUAAUAGUAUCGGUGUUGGUGAUAUAACAGGAGCAACAGCAGGAACAGGAGCAGCAGCAGCAGCAGCAGCAGCAGCAGCAGCAGCAGCACCAGGAGAAGAAGAAGAAAUGUGGAGACACAUAAAUAUAGUCAUGGGACGAUCCCCCGAUCCCCAUCCUGACGCUGUCGCCUCCCGUCUCCGUCUAUGGAUAGCAGCAAAUAAACAGGGACUUGCUGCACCUCCUGCAGGUGCAGCAGCAGCUGCUGCUGCUGCUGCUGCAGCAGCUGCUGCUGCUGAUGGGGAUGAAAUAGACAUCCAACAGCAGCAACAGCAGCUGCAACAACAACAUGGCGAUGGUGGCAGCAGCACAACCACCAAACAGAGCAGCAGCAUCAGCAGCAGGCCAAGCAGCAGCAGCAGCAGCAGCAGCAUUAGAUCUCGUGGUAUGAAUUGGGGUAAACGUGUAGGUAGUCUCCUUAGUAAGCCAUGGGGACGAUCCCAUGGGAGACGAGUUGUUGGGAUCGGUGUGGGGUAUCGUCGGGGAUCGGGGAUCGAUCCCAGCUGGCCUCUAUUACAAGAUAUUGUCUCUUAUAUAAGGAGACACUUUUUUGUCUCCUCUUCUUGCCGUCUCCCUAUUGAUGAUGAAUUGUGUCUCCUUCGUCUCUUCUCUAGUCACCAUCCUUCCCUUACAGAUAUUAUUAAUAGACAAGCUGUACUAGAGGCUAUGCUGUCUCCUUCUCCCUCUCCUUCUCCCUCCUCCUCCUCUCCUCCUCCUCCUCCUCCUCCUCCUCCCUCAACAGCAACAACAGCAACAACAGCAACAACAGCAACAACAGGAGGAAGAGGAGGAAGAGGAGGAGGAGGAGGAGGAGGAGGAGAGGAUAGGAAUAUAUAUCUAGAUGGGGGACAAUAUGUAUCUGUUAUGGAGACAGCUGCUGCUCUUGCUGCUGCUGCUGCUGCUCCUAGCAGCAGCAGUGGGGGGAAGACACAGCAACAGCUGCAGCAAGAAGCAAAAGAAGCAGCAGCAGCAGUAGCAAGAGAGGUUGUUGUUGGUCCCGAUCUUCUUGCUGCUCUAAUAAAAAAACCUUUAGAGACAGUUGUAGGCAGCAAUCUAAUUUGCUUCGAUGCUGCUGCUGCUGCUGCUGCUGCUGCAGCAGCAGAGACACCAGACAACUGUCUCCCUUUUGAUCUGUCUCUUGAUCCUGUCUCCAAGACAACAAUAGGCAAAAGGACAAUCGAUAGACUAAAGAAAGAAGUCGUGGUUAAUGCUAAAAAGCAGCAAGAAUCGUCACGACGUUUGUGUCUCUCUGGAUUCUGUCGUGAGGAGAUACCUUCCUUGCUGCUGUCUCCUGCUGCUCUUGCUGCUCGUGUCUCCGAUCUUGCUGCGCUGCGGCAGCGGCUGCUGCAAGGCUUCUUACAGGACGGCAGAUUAACAGAGAAGGGAGUAAGACUGUUGCAUGCAUUAGUCUCUCAUGUAGAGGGACUAGAUGACCCUAUUGACCCCAGCAGCAUCAGCAGCAGCAGCAGCAGCAGCAACGAUCAGCAGAAGCAGCAGCAGCAGGAGUGGGGGCAGCAAGAAGCAAAGGAAUUGCUGCUUGCUGCUAUGGAUAAACAAGAAGAGAUAGAGAAGAAUAAACUAAAUCCUUGGAGACUCCGCUGCAUGCAAUGGGCGCAUGCACUAGGGAGAGCAGCAGGAAUAGAGACAACUGUCUCCUUUGAGUCCUUAGUGUCUCUUUCUAUGUCAGCGCAUGCAGAGGAAAUCUUAUUACUCAUUAAUCCUUUCCUUACACCAAAGAUGGUGUUGGAUAUAUUUAGCUUAGUAGGCGCAAUAAUGUUAGCAGUAAAUCGUCGUGCACAGAUCUGCUGGUGUCUCCAAGGGACACUUGAGCUAAUGCAGCUCCUUAAGACUUUCUCUACACAAGCAAGAGCAGCAGCUAUACAAGAUAGGCAGCAGCAGCAGCAACUGCAGCAGCAGCAGCAGCAGCAGCAGCAACAGCAACAGCAGCAGCAACACAGGAUGCUCCCAGAAGGAUUAGAUGCAGUUGGAGGGGCAACACCACAAGGCGGUUCAACAACUUUCUCAACAGCAGCAGCAGGAACACCAACAGCAGGAGCAGCAGCAGCAGCAGGAGCAGCAGCAGCAGCAGCAGCAGGAGGAGUAGUAGUAGGCCCUGCAGUAAAGAGACUGUUAGGUCAGGCUGUUGCUGCUCUGCACAUGAAGGCCCAAGCAGUAGCUGAGCUUGUUAGUAGCGGUCGUCAUUUUAUGCACGAACUGUCUCCUUCUGCAGCAGCAGCAGCAGCAGCAGCAGCUACAUCUCCUGCUUCUAUUACUAUUGAUGAAGGGAAUAAACGUACAACUGCAACAACAACAACAACAACAGCAGCUGGUACUUUUGCUGCAGCAGCAUCCCCACCGGGAGCCAAGUGCUGCUGCUGCAGCAAUUUAGAGACAGUGUAA